AUGGGAGAAGAAAUGUUUGUAGAGAGAGAAAGUUUUUCAGUCAUUAGUCGCCGCCAUUUUUGUUACGGCGGAGAAGUUUUGGUUUUUGAUUCGUCGGAGUUUGUCGAAGGAUCGGUUAAUGUGAAUCAUUCGAUCUGUGUUUUGAUUUUUUCAUCAGGCUGUGAAUUGAGUAGCUUGUGUUUUCAAAGCUUUACAGACAUCGCUAUCUUCAAAGGCAAACAAUGA